GGGGGCGCCCGCCGCUCACUCGCGUCCAGCCACCCGGCCAUGGAGCGGCCACCGCGCGCCCUGCUGCUCGGCGCCGCCGGACUGCUGCUCCUGCUCCUGCCCCUCUCCUCUUCCUCCUCUUCGGAUGCCUGCGGCCCAUGCGUGCCGGCCUCCUGCCCUGCGCUGCCCCCGCUGGGCUGCCCGCUGGGCGAGACCCGCGAUGCGUGCGGCUGCUGCCCGGUGUGCGCUCGCGGCGAGGGCGAGCCGUGCGGGGGCGGCGCGGCCGGCAGGGGGCACUGCGCGCCGGGCAUGGAGUGCGUGAAGAGCCGCAAGAGGCGGAAGGGUAAAGCCGGGGCAGCAGCCGGCGGCCCGGCGACCCUCGCCGUGUGCCAGUGCAAGAGCCGCUACCCGGUGUGCGGCAGCGACGGCACCACCUACCCCAGCGGCUGCCAACUUCGCGCCGCCAGCCUGCGCGCCGAGAGCCGCGGGGAGAAGGCCAUCACCCAGGUCAGCAAGGGCACCUGCGAGCAAGGUCCUUCCAUAGUGACGCCCCCCAAGGACAUCUGGAAUGUCACUGGUGCCAAGGUGUACUUGAGCUGUGAAGUCAUCGGCAUCCCGACCCCCGUCCUCAUCUGGAACAAGGUAAAAAGAGACCACUCUGGAGUUCAAAGGACAGAACUCUUGCCUGGUGACCGGGAAAACCUGGCUAUUCAGACCCGGGGUGGUCCAGAAAAGCAUGAAGUGACUGGCUGGGUGCUGGUGUCUCCUCUAAGUAAGGAAGAUGCUGGAGAAUAUGAGUGCCACGCAUCCAACUCCCAAGGACAGGCUUCAGCAUCGGCCAAAAUUACAGUGGUUGAUGCCUUACAUGAAAUACCAGUGAAAAAAGGUCAAGGUGCUCAGCUAUAAACCUGCAAAAUACAUUAGCCUAUGUAGCUAAAAGUGCUUACUGACAAGUCUAACCCCUAUUCCUUCCUGACAAGUUUCUUUUAACCUAAUCCACUAACACUUGAUUACAUCCAGCUGGUUUUACAUGGAAAACUCAAAGAUAACACAUCAAGACUAUCUACAAAAAUUUAUUGUUUAUUUACAAAAAAGCAUGCAUAACUUUAAACAAAACAAAUAAAAUCCUUAUCACAACAGUAUUACAUUUUGUCAUUUUUAAAAAAACAACUAUCAUGGAAACAAGAUACUGAUAUUUACAGUGUCUCGCUGUGAACUUCCAACAGAACUACACACUCAUCAUUCGAGGUGCAAUACUCAUGGACAUAAGCUCCUGGAAUAACAGUUUGCAUGCAUAAGGCAUCCGUACCAAAGAAAUCUGCAAGAGAAAAGAAAUAGUAAUCAGCAGAACUAUGUCAAAGACUCCACUUCCUACCACACUUCAGGUGAGAGGGAGGCUGUGUGCGCCUCAGCCUGUCCCAGCAGGUUUUAGUAGUUCCUCCUUUCUGCCAACAAACAUAUAUUCACCCUUCCAACUUUUGAAUUUUGAGUAAAAGGCUUAAAAAAAUUCUUGGUUGGGCUGAAGAGGUG